CCGUUAGCUGGCGAUCAACCAGGAAAACAGAAAAGGUGUCACCUUUUUGCUUCAUCACUACCAAAUUCCAGACCAUUCUCUUUUCUUUUGUCCGAUUUCGGAUCUUCAAAGCCUCCCAAUCUCUCUGCAAUUCCAAUCCACCGCUCCAACCUCUCUGGUUGUGAUUGAAGGGAUUGUAGAGGAUGGCAUGUCGCGGGUGCUUGGAAUGUUUAUUGAAGCUUUUGAACUUCUUGUUGACUCUUGUUGGUCUGGCCAUGUUGGCAUAUGGGAUCUACUUGUUUGUGGAGUAUAAAAACUCAGAUGAGGAUUUGGCUCCAAUCUCAGCCACGAGUGACGAAAUGAUACAGUUUGGUCGGCCAAUCCUCAUUGCUGUGUCUCUGUCAACCAGCAUUUUCGAUAACCUUCCGAAAGCUUGGUUCAUAUUUUUAUUUAUUGGUGUUGGUGCAGUUCUCUUUGUAAUAUCUUGUGUUGGUUGUAUUGGAGCAGCAACACGGAAUGGAUGCUGCUUGACUUGUUAUACAGUAUUGGUGAUAUUGUUGAUCUUGGUAGAACUGGCAUGUGCAGCUUUCAUAUUCUUUGACAAAAGCUGGAAAGAGGAAAUUCCAACGGAUAAAACUGGAGACUUUGAUAUGAUAUAUGAGUUUCUGGAAGACAACUGGGAAAUUGUCAAAUGGGUUGCUCUUGGGAUCGUUGUUUUGGAGGCUCUUCUGUUCUUGUUAGCUCUUAUUGUAAGGGCUGCAAACAGACCGGUAGAAUAUGACAGUGAUGAUGAAUAUAUUGGUGGCCCAAGGCAACAAAUCCGACAACCAUUGAUCAACAAGCCACUGCCAGUUCCAGCCACGGGUGUCCCUGUUGCUGGUAACCUUGAUCAGCGCGCUAGCAGAAAUGAUGCUUGGAGUGCACGUAUGAGAGAAAAGUAUGGGCUUGAUACUACCGAGUUUACGUACAAUCCAUCCGAGUCAAACAGGAACCAGCAAACAGCAGCAGCACAGCCAGCUGAGGAGAAGAGUCGUUGCACCAUCAUGUAAUUACCAUCUCAUUUUUGCACAAAAUUUGAAAUUGAGUUGGUUUGGUUUGUGGGAACUGGUUUUUCAUUUGACCGGUGUGAGAACUUUGUAUGUUAAGAAGACCAGUCUCUUUCUUUUUGUGAAAUUUGUCUACGAAACACAAUUCUCAUGAGCUUUACUCAUCAUUUUUUUGCGACUCCUUGAUUUCAUUUCCAAAUGGCAUUUUCAUUUCAAUGUAUUUCAAUUUCGUGUAAAAAUGCAUGCUAGAUUCAGGGCUGGGGUAUUCAAGACGUGUGAGUUGUGUGAGGUUGACAUUAAUCCUGUAGAACAAUAUGCAAUGGUGUCUAUAUUAUUCAGUUUGUAGCCAAA